UCAGACGACGCUCUAGCGCGCCGCGACGCCGAUUUACUCGCGACCCGCGUGUUUCUGUGUUUACAAACUGGUGGUCGACGACAAAUUUGGAAUUUAGGCAUGAAGAUGAGUAACCAAGUGGACGGUAUGGAGCUGGAAACCCUCUAUCAUCGAUAUUGCAUCCGUUUGAAGCACUCUCUCUAUUUGUCCUGCCUGACUGUUGCAACAGUGACUUGCAUCGGCCUCUUGAUCAGCACUUGUGUACUGCAUGCUCAAGACCUCAACAAGAGCAUCCUCCCCGUGGUUGUUCUCUCCAUCCUCGCCUUCACUCUGGUGUUCGUGCUGUUGGCCUCCCAGUUUCCGGUGGUGCUGGAAUCGGAAGCAUGGGCGCUACUUUCGUCGCUCGUGGUCACCGUCACCGUCUCAACAGCGAUGCUGCUGCUUGCGGGACGACACGCUCCUCUACCUCUGUUUGCCCUCUUGAUCGCCAUCCACACCAUGCUGCCGCUGUCCAGGUCGGUGGCUCUAGCGCUGGCUGUUAUAGUCACUGUGGCUCACUUGUCCGUCUCUGUAGCCUACAGGAUCAACGCUGGGCCACAUGCUUACUACUUGCAGUUGGUUCCGGAGUCAGUAAUGCUUAUUGCCGCAAGCUGUACCGGUCUCUACUACAGGCAUAUGACGGAAGAAGCACAUCGCCACACCUUCGUAGGGACUAGGACGUGCAUCGAAUCCAGAGUGAAGCUAGAGUGCGAAAAAGAGCAACAGGAACAGCUACUACUUAGCGUCAUCCCUGCCUAUAUUGCUGCCGAGGUUAAACGAAGUAUAAUGCUGAAGAUGGCGGAUGCCUGCAAAGAACAUUCCAACCAAAGUUUUCACGAGAUGUACGUGCAGCGCCACAACAACGUGUCCAUCCUCUACGCGGACAUAGUGAACUUCACGCCCCUCUCGGAGCAAUUGUCGGCAUCUGACCUCGUGAAAACCCUCAACGAGUUGUUCGGAAGAUUCGAUCAAAUCGCUCAAGAUAAUCAAUGCAUGAGGAUAAAGAUCCUGGGGGACUGUUACUACUGCGUUUCAGGGUUGCCAGUGUCAAGGCCAAAUCACGCUUACAACUGCGUCAACAUGGGCCUCCAGAUGAUUGAAGCCAUAAGGUUUGUAAGAGAAGCGACGGGCUUCAACGUGGAUAUGCGGAUAGGGAUCCAUACAGGAAACGUAUUGUGUGGGGUACUGGGAUUGAGAAAGUGGCAGUUCGACGUGUGGAGCGACGAUGUUACUCUCGCCAACCACAUGGAGUCAGGCGGAAUCGCAGGACGGGUACAUAUAACCAGAGCAACUUUGGAACAGCUAGGGGACAAGUUCCAAGUGGAACCUGGAGAGGGGACCAGUCGCGAGGGAUAUUUAGCCGAUCACAAGAUAGAAACUUUUCUUAUUAUCCCCCCGAAGAAGGCGGAUACGGAGGCACAAAACGGCAACGUCAGGCCGCGAAUGUCCACGGUCUCCGACAGAAACAACAGCAUCUGCGAACUGGGCAUGGGGAUAGCCACCCCCGGCGGCCUGCCCCCACGUUCCCGGCCUGCCAGCAAGAUGACCAAGUACGUGGAAUGCUGGGGGGCUGACAAGCCCUUCGCCAACAUCGCAGAGUCUACACUGGCGAAAAACAUCGAGUUGACUUCAACAUCGUACGUCCAGACGCUGGCGAUGAUAGAGUCCAAUUUAUUGCCCGAUCGAAGUGCGUGCCUGGAAUGUAGGAAAUGGUGGAGCAGCGGCGAGCUUCAUCCGGCGCUGCUGUGGUUCCAGAAUCGAAAGCAGGAGACGGAAUAUCGCAGCCAGCCUGAUCCAGAGUUCCGCCGCUACAUCGCCUGUGCCUCCUUUAUAUUCCUGGUUAUGUGUAUCAUGCAGAUUACCACCAUUCCCAGAGGCAUUAUUCUUUAUGGCACGCUGGCGCCUACCUCGGUGGUGCUGCUCAUUUUCGUUUACCUCUGCUGGUUAGACGGCUGCUGCGGGCCUAGGCCCCCCUCGGACACGCCGGUCGACGAGCCCGAGACGUGCUCGCCCCCCGGUCAGAUCGUGGCGGAUAGCAGGUGUCUCCGAUUGGCGAUUUUCCUGGUCUCCGUCACGCUCAUAUCGGCCUGUGCAGUAAUUACCCUGGUGGAUUACAAUCCCGUGCCCACACCAGUAUCUGUAACAAUUCCGUCGAUUAGUUCUCCGUUUGAUGGUACCAACUAUACGCAAUUUGGUACAAAUGAUACGAUGGUGAUGAUGUUGACAUCCACCAUUGAAAACACAACAGAUCCUGUUGUUCAAUACGUACCAACUUAUUUAUAUAGUUCUGCAUUGGUCCUAGCAGCUAUAUCAGUUUUUUUGAGGAUGGGAUUCAUUCUUAAACUGACUCUCAUGGUAAUAUCCGUAGUCACCCAUAUAGUAAUAUACAGCUACUUAGAAUUCUUUCAAGAUUACCACGACGCACACGACGAUGAGUUCCCUAAAGUACCAUUUGAAAUCAAAACUGCGUUGAUCCUGGCUAUCGUGGUACUUUUCUUCCACAUCCUGGAUAGACAGAUUGAAUUCACUUCAAGAACUGACUAUCUUUGGAAGGCUAAGUUGAAGGUAGAACAAGAAGAAGUUGAAACCAUGAGAGGUAUCAAUAAGAUACUUUUGGAAAAUAUACUUCCAGCUCACGUGGCGGAGCACUUUUUAACUUCGAGGACCACUCAAGAUUUGUAUCACGAACGGUACCCUUGUGUAGCCGUGAUGUUCGCUUCAAUACCAAACUACAAAGAAUUCUAUGACGAAAGCGACGUCAAUAAGCAAGGGUUGGAAUGCCUGCGGCUUCUAAAUGAAAUUAUCUGUGAAUUUGAUAAGUUACUUCUGAAGCCCAAAUUCAGCUGUAUAGAAAAAAUCAAGACCAUUGGAAGUACUUACAUGCUGGCAUCAGGACUUAGGCCCGGCAAAGAACAAAACAGUAAGGAGGCCAGUAGAAAAGAAGAGCACAUAAUCAUCGCUUUAGUGGACUUUGCAGUAUCGCUAAUGACAAGUUUAGAUCAAAUAAAUAGGGAUGCUUUCCAAAGAUUCAAACUAAGAGUUGGUCUGAACCACGGGCCCGCAAUAGCAGGAGUAGUGGGCGCUCAGAAGCCUCAGUACGAUAUCUGGGGCAACACCGUCAACGUGGCGUCUCGCAUGGACUCCUGCGGCAUCCUGGGCCGCAUCCAGACGACGGACGUCACGGCUAACGUGCUCAUGAACGCCGGCUACCAGUGCGAGUGUCGAGGCCCCACCUACGUCAAAGGCAAAGGUACGCUUACGACGUAUUUCGUAAAGACGCCCUUUGAUGAUAGGAACUGAGUUCUUGUGAUAACACUGUGAAUAAUGGAACUUUCGUUUUGUGGAACGAUGAGGUUGUGUUUAUAAAAUACAAGGUGUUUCGGAAAUAAGUACUUCCGAGGAAAUACUUACCUUCAAAACACUCUGUUUAUGUAUACUCGUAGGAGAAAGAUAGUCCGUGGGCUGUUAAUUUCAUAAGCAAAUAGUACUUAACUAAUUGUCCGUUUAAAUAAUCAUAAAAAAUGUUUAUACAAGUGUUCGGUUUCCAGUAUCAUCAUUUUUUCUAAAUGUCAACACAAACUACAUAAGCUACAUAACCUCAAAGUCCUAAUUUCCUUUUUUGCCAUAACUUUUGUCUUUUCUUUUGAGUUUGACACUUAUUGCUUAUGAAAAGAUGGGACAUUGUGCAAAAAAUCAUAGAAAUUAAAAAGUUAUAAAGGACGAAAGCGACGUAGUGGGUACAGAAUUGAAUAGAACCUCUUUAUUUUUAAUUUCAUCGAAACGCGAGGGCAUAUAAAAGAGAAAAGUAUUAAAAUGUGCUAAGAAGAUCGACAUCUAAAGUUUUGAAAUACCUUGGCAAACCUUUUUUGACACAAUUACAAGCAAAGCAUAGGUACUUAGAAAACAGCAGAUUGAAAACUGUUAAAGUUUCACUUUAACAUCAGCCUGAUGCGUUUUUUCUGCAAUAUAUCAGUAGUUCAAAGUGGUUUUAGCUUAGCCAUAAUAUUCAAGGAAUCUUUAAUAAUAAAUAAUUAUUAUUAUACUACAAACAAGAAAUUUCACGAUACGGAUACCAUAUUCAAAAGAGAUUGGAGGAAAAUCUUGAGGCAUUGUCAAUCGCUGUUGAUAUUGACGAUAAUCCAUUAAGAAUCUUAUGUGUAUGAUGAGAAAAAAGUGCCAAUGCAAAUCAUUAAAUGGCUUACUGGAGUAGUUUAUUUUUAGAAGAGGUGACUCUUGAAGCGACAGAUUGAAUGUUGCUACUACAAGAUCUUAAAGUAAGUCUUAAACACAUGUACUGACCGAGAAGGGUUUGUGCAUUGGCCUCCUAGGUCACCGGAUACCAAUCCGAUGGAUUUUUGGAUGGAUAUCGGUCGUUUUUAAAAGGAUUUAAGGUUAUAUAGGUAUUCACAAUUUCCUUGUUUGUGAUAAUUAAUAAUUGUUCCUAUUUCAGUAAAAUACCUACCUAUUAAAUUAUUUAUCUAUUUUGUAAAAGUUGUUUUCAAAUAAAUAAAUAACCGUUGUUCGAAAAAUUACUUUUAAAUCGUUUGCAAUGAAUUGGUUUUGAGUUUGUCAAAAUAAUGAACAGCAAAUUUUUCAGUGCUACAAUAACAUGCCUUCGAUUUGUCACAUCUUCGAUAAAAUUAAAGAUAAAACAGUUCUUGUGUGAAAUUUGACAGAAAUUAUUCGACUGUUGAAA